CGCACCCUCGUCCAGAAGGGUGGAGUGAAGGUGCAGGCUGUGAAAAAGCUUAACGUCUCAUUCUGAACUGGAUUCAGUUGCAAGAGAGCAGCGACAUCAUCAGAAGUUCCAGAUAAACAGAUAAGGAAAUGAGCUCAGGAAUAAAAGACCCUCCACCGUAUGUCAUCCCGGUGGAUAAAGGAGGGGAUGACGUGAGGGUGUACAAGGUGCACACGCCGUUCAACCCAAAAUCCGCAUCCGCAUCCACCAGCGCGUCAGACUUCAGAGUGCCUACCCAAACCACGACAAAUUACACGACGCCCACCGACAAGAACAGGUACGUGAAUUAUGAGUCGGAGCUCGGGCGCUCUCCUGGUAUGGUCACCUGCCCCAACUGCCGAGAGCAAGUGCUCACUCAUGUCACCUAUAAAGUGGGAACGUACGCAUGGCUCAUGUGCCUCCUCUUCAUCCUGUGCGGGUUCAUUAUUGGCUGCUGUCUCCUGCCGUUCUGCCUCAAGUUCUUUAAAGACGUCUAUCACUCCUGCCCCAAGUGUAACCGUGUUCUGUCUGUGAACAAGAAAAAGUGUUGCUGACCCCGGCUGAGCAUCUUCUCACAGCUUAACAAUCAGCUGAAGAAUGAAAACACACACGCACACACACACUCUCACACACACUAAACAAAACACAGCACACCACCAUCUAAUCAUCGUGAUCAUGAAUGAACAUGAGAUUAGCUGAUGUCCACUGCUGGUCACUUUAGAAACCUAACCAUGUAUUUUUGCUCUUGUUAUUACGCUUGUUAUAAGUUGCUAUAAUGCUCCUGUUGCUACACAACCCUGCAUCAGAUCCUUUCUGCUGAUAAUUAGGACGUUUCGAUUCGGACGAUCAGCGUUUUCUCAUCCAGACUUUCCACGAGUCCAUGUGUUUGCUCUGUUUUCAGAUGUUCAGUGUUCUUGUUUGUUUGGUUCUGGUGUGUUCGGAGCUGGAUAGAGCAAAAAAAAAUGUGUCCCGGACGCUGAAGUCAACGUGACAAAGGAAGUCUUCAUAAAUAGUGUCGAUAUCAUCAUGAUAAAGAGUCAGUAGAAAAAAAAUAAUCAUAUCUUUGCCACUUAGCGACCAGAAUUCCAACUAGCUUUUGUACAGAAUAAUCAACAUUUGAACAUAUAAAAGUCUUAUAUGUCGAUAGGUUCACCUUUAAAAAUUAUUACCACUGAAAAACUUUAGUUAGCUAACAAACACAAGUCAAGAAAACAACCAAGAUAUUAUCCUAAAUGUUCUUAGCCUUUCCUGCUAAUGCUUGAUAGCAUGCUAACCUGCGCUAACAUGACAGGAUUUCUGAAAGGAUCUGAUCAUUUUUAUUACACAACAAUGUAACCACUUGAAAUUCAUAAAUACUGACUUUUUGUUUGCUUUAAAUGGCUGAAGUUAUGACUCUAUAGAGUUUGGGAGAAAUCUGUGGUCUGGACUGAAAAAACGCUGAUCUCCAUAAGAGGGUUUAAGUUCCUCUGGACAUCAUCAUGCACUCCAUCACAAUCACCUGAACAGAUUAAUCCGGUGUUUAAUAUGAAGGACAUCGAGUGUAGAGUAAUAUGCUAUGGAGUUACUCACACCAUCAUUAUUAUAAUUAUUAUUAUAUACCACUGAAUUUGAGGAUUUUUCAUGGAGAAUGGGGGGCAGAUAUUCUCGGGGCGUUGGGCUCUGUAAGUGUUAUAGAAAUGAUUUUGUUAGACUAAGAAACCCCUGUGCUUUGUACAUAUUCUCCAAAAAUACGGAAUGUUAUUUUAAACUGUAGAUUUUUAUCGUAGCGCUCCGUUACAGUGAUGUACAAGUCGGCGUAACUAAGCCGCUCCGCUCGGUCAUUAAAAAAAAUCUAUUUCUGAACGUU